AUGACAAUAUUACAUAAUGAAGGGUGUGGAUGUAAAAGUUCUGAUGAAGUAUUAAAAGGAGGAGAAUUUUUAUUAAAAUAUAUAAAUCUUGAAAAAGUUACAGCAUUAAAUGAAAAAAUACAUGGAUCAUGUAGAAAAAUUUUAAAAUCUUAUGAUAACAGGUUAUCUGUAGAUCAUUGUGAAAGUGAUGUUGAUCAUGAAUUGAUAAUAAAUAUUCCUUUUACAAGUCCAUGUAAAAUUGUUAGUUUGUUCUUAAUUGGUGGAGAAGAAGGAAGUUAUCCAAGAAAAAUGAAAAUUUUUUCUAAUAGAGAAGACAUUGAUUUUGAAAAUAUUAAUGAUUUCAAAUGUAUUCAAGAAUUAGAAUUAUCACAGGAUUAUCAUGGAUCAGUUGAAUAUCCAUUAAAAGUAACUUCUUUAUUUAAUGUAAAUUAUUUGACUCUCUAUUUUUCAGAAAAUUAUGGAUCGGAAUCAACAAAAAUAUUUUAUAUAGGUCUUAAAGGUGUUGGAACUAAUUAUACAAGAAAACCAGUUGAAACUGUUUAUGAAGCAUCACCAAAUUUAGCUGAUCAUAAAAUUGAAGGAAACGUAAAUUCAACACAUUUCUCAUUCGAUGCCUUUUAA